AUGAUACAUGGCCCUUGCGGAACUCAGAAUCCUGGGUCACCGUGCAUGCAAAACGGAAACUGCAUUAAGCGUUUUCCGCGUCCGUUUGUGGCUGACACAAUCAGUGGAAUCGACGGAUAUCCAUUGUAUCGGCGUCGUUCUCCAGAUGACAACGGCAGAUCAAUCAUAAUGAAAGUCAAGGGAAAAGAUGUCGUCGUCGAUAAUCGCUGGAUCGUUUCAUAUUAUCCACUUUUGUCGAAAAAGUUCUCAAAUCACUGCAAUGUUGAGUAUUGCAACUCCAUAAAAUCUAUCAAAUAUGUUUGCAAAUAUGUAAACAAAGGGAGUGACAUGGCUGUGUUUGACAUUGCUGAUCCAAAUGCAAACGAUGAGGUGAUGAAAUUUCAACUUGGACGUUACGUGAGUUUUCACUUAGAGAACGGUCAGCGUGUAUACUUUACGGAAGCGAACGCAGUGCAAAGAGCAGAACGACCACCAGCAACGACAUUGACAAAUUUUUUUUCGACAUGCGAAAGCGAUCCGUUCGCGAGGACUUUACUAUAUUCGGAAAUACCACGCUAUUAUACAUGGAAUGCUGCAUCAAAGAAGUUUCAACGCAGGAAGAAAGGUGAUGCUGUUGCUGGCUUCGUAGAUGUCUAUUCGACUGAUUCCCUCGGACGAAUAUACAUAGUUCAUCCACGCCAAGACGAAUGCUUCUAUCUUCGCUUACUUUUGGUGAACGUUAGGGGCCCGACAUCCUUCAAUUCCCUGCGUACUGUCGUUGGUGUACUGUAUACAACUUUUCGGGAAGCUUGCCAAUGCUUGAAUUUGCUCGAAAACGAUUCACAUUGGGACUUAACACUCGCCGAUGCAACCAUUUCUGCGCCAGCAAAUCAAAUUCGUACGUUGUUUGCGAUCAUCAUAGCCACAUGUCAUCCAUUGAACCCGAAUGCAUUGUGGGAGAAAUACAAGGACGAGAUGGUUGAUGACAUUUUGCACAGAGUUCGAACGACAAAUUUGAAUUUUGAUAUUGAAAGUAACGACAAGAUGCGCAACGAAGCAUUAGUUUUGAUCGAAGACAUGUGUGUGCUCAUGUGCGGCACGGGAGAAAAACUAUCAUAA